AUGUUUGCUUUCAGAGGAGUUCAAAGAAUCUCGCAGUUACCCAAUUCUUUAUCUUAUGCUCUUCCACUUAGGAUCGCUAAGCGUUCUUACCAAAGUGCUACCUUUGAAACUCGUCCCCCAAUUUCCGGUAAGAAAGCUCAAAUCUUGAAGCAUGCUUUGGAACAUGUCCCUCAACUUGGCUUCUCUGAAGAAGCAAUUAAAAUGGGUGGUCGCUCGCUUGGAUACAGCAAUCUUCCUACGGCUCUUUUUCCCUCAGGUUCUAUGAACCUCAUUUCAUAUUUCUUAUUGCAACACCGUUAUGCUUUAAGAGAACAGAAAACUCAUCUAACCCUCAUGCAAACUACUACGGAAAAAGUAACUCAUUUAAUAUGGUCUCGUCUCCAAGCAAACCGUGAUGUUAUUGAGCACUUACCACAGAUGAUUGCAACGUGUGUAGCCCCUUCCAAUCUUCCUUCAUCUGUCAUGUCCUUAGCGAAUCUUUCAGACGAAAUACUUUACCUUGCUCAAGAUAAAUCUGCUGACUUCCACUGGUACACAAAGCGUGCUGUCGUGUCAGCCAUCUACAGUGCCUCCGAACUAUUCAUGACGAAAGAUAACUCACCCAAUUUCCAAGCUACUUAUGAUUUUGUCCAGCACAGAGUUCAACAUGCCAAGGCCUUGAAUAAUCUCCAGGAAGAUAUUUUGGAAUGGGGUUCCUUCCAAUUGAACGCCAUUCGAUCAAUUAUUCGUUCUCGGGGUAUUUGA